AUGUCUCUCACAAAUUGCCGGUUCUACGAGGAGAAGUACCCGGAGGUGGAGAGCUUCGUCAUGGUGAACGUCAAGCAGAUCGCAGAGAUGGGCGCAUACGUCAAGCUGCUCGAGUAUGACAACAUCGACGGCAUGAUCCUGCUCUCCGAACUGUCGCGCAGACGUAUUCGAUCCAUCCAGAAGCUCAUCCGUGUUGGCCGCAACGAGGUCGUCGUCGUGCUGCGUGUCGACAAGGACAAGGGCUACAUUGACUUGUCCAAGCGCCGUGUGUCGCCCGAGGACAUCGUCAAGUGCGAGGAGCGCUACAACAAGUCGAAGAUGGUGCACAGCAUCAUGCGCCACGUCGCCGAGAAGACACAGGUGCCCAUCGAGGACAUCUACCAGACAAUCGGCUGGCCGCUGAACAAGAAGUACGGCCACUCCAUCGACGCCUUCAAGCUCAGCAUCACCAACCCGGAGGUGUGGAACGACGUCACCUUCCCCAACGACGUCGUCAAGGAAGAGCUGCAGAGCUACAUUGGCAAGAGGCUGACACCCCAGCCCACCAAGGUGCGCUCGGACAUUGAGGUCACCUGCUUCGGCUAUGAGGGCAUCGACGCCGUCAAGGAGGCUCUGCGCACUGCUGAGGCCAAGAACACACCCGACAACCAGGUCAAGGUCAAGCUCGUAUCGCCUCCCCUCUACGUCCUCACCUCCCAGUGCCUCGACAAGACCGUUGGUAUCUCCACUUUGGAGCAGGCGAUCGAAGACAUCAAGGCCAGCAUUACAAAAGCUGGCGGCGACUGCCAGGUCAAGAUGGCUCCCCGUGCCGUCACCGAGAACGAUGACGCCGAGCUGGCUGCGCUCAUGGAGAAGCGCGAGCGCGAGAACCAGCAGGUCAGCGGUGACGAGGAUGAGAGCUCGAGCGAUGAGGGCGAGGUCGGCGCGGCGGCUGCAGAGGCCUAG